AUGUUUCAAAAAUCAUUGCUGAAUAUUCUCGGAAUUUCUUUUGUAUUGACAAGUCUUGCCUUGAUGGCUUCGGCAAGUGACGAUUCGACAUCAUCGUCUGGUGCAAGUGUCAAAGUAGUUUAUGUGGAGAAAGAUGGAAGCACAAGAGUCGAAGAUUAUGACUAUUUGUUCAGCUCUGCUUUUACUCAACUCAUUUGUCACUUGGUGGCUUUUAUUUUACCAGCAUAUGCAUCAUUCAAGGCUAUUAGAUCACCACAAUCCAAUGAUGACAAGCAAUGGUUAAUUUAUUGGAUUAUUUAUGCUCUCAUUCACGUGUUUGAGUAUUACUUGUUGGUAGUUGUUGUCUUCAUUCCAUUUUAUUGGGAAAUUAAAUUCUUUUUCGUAAUUUGGCUUAUUGCACCACAAACAAGAGGUGCCACAUUCCUUUAUACGAAAUAUGUGGAACCAUUCCUUAAUAAGCAUGAAAAACAAAUUGAUGAACAAGUGUCCAGCGUUCAAAAGAGAGCCAGCGUUGCAGUUCAAGGUUUGGCAAAGCAAGUUGUACACUCAGUCAUCAAUGGAACCUUUGAGGAAAAGUAG